AUGUCACAUCGUGGAACAAAAGUGGACAAUAUUCCCGAUCUGAGUACAUGUAUGCAGGGUGCCAUGAAAAGACCCUGCAUAUAUGCACUCAGAUCGGAAACUUUGUUCACGAUGUCACAUCGUGGAACAAAAGUGGACAAUAUUCCCGAUCUGAGUACAUGUAUGCAGGGUGCCAUGAAAAGACCCUGCAUAUAUGCACUCAGAUCGGAAACUUUGUUCACGAUGUCACAUCGUGGAACAAAAGUGAGAGCAAACCAAACAUUUUAA